GGACGGAUCCAGGAACUGUUCUUACUGUCUUUAACAUCGUGAGAUAUAGAAAUCACAGUAGAACAUCACAGCUACAGGAGAACAAUCCAGGGCUUUGUUGUGACACGGCUCAUUGUCCCCGGAGGUGUUUGCUGGUGUGUGUGUGUGUGUGCUGUAUGUGUACCUGUGCAUGUACAUCUGUGUGUGCUCGCUGCCUGGUAUAAAUAGCGUGGGAUGUGUGCCGGCCGGUGAUUCUGCGUGAAGACGAUGGCUGUGCCUGGACCUCCUCUGCUUCUGCUUCUUCCUCUGCUGCUGCCGCUGCUGUCGAGCAAGGCGUCUCUGCCCGCAGCUGCAUACACACUGACCCCCGGACGACAGCCACAGCACAAGCUGCUCCACCUGGACUGGCCCAAAGACUGUGGCAUGGCUCACUUCAAGCCCAACAUGGCCGAGAGGAUUGUGUCUGGGAACGAGGCCAGACCUCACUCCUGGCCCUGGCAGGUCUCUCUGCAGGUUCGACCCAGAGGAAGUAAACAUUACAUUCACGUCUGUGGAGGAACGCUUAUCCACAAGAACUGGGUCCUAACUGCAGCUCAUUGUUUCCAAAAGGGUAAAGCAGAGGAUGCUGGGAGCUGGAGGAUCGUCCUGGGGAAGCACCAGCUGAAGCGCUCAGAGACGGCAGAGAGGAUUUUCCCGGUGAAGAGGAUCUACAGACACGAGAACUUCCGAUACCCGGCUCACAGCGAGCUGGACUACGACAUCGCCCUGGUGAAGGCUGCCACAGACAUCAACCCGUCAAACUUCAUCCGCUACGCCUGCCUGCCGCGCAAGCAGACCAGCCUCAACCCGGGACACUACUGCUGGGUCACAGGCUGGGGAGACACCCGGGGCGGGAAGGAGAACAUCUCUCUGGCAGAAGCCCUGAAUCAAGCACGCCUGCCCAUCAUCGACUUCAAGACCUGCCGGCAGAAGAAAUUCUGGGGCGAUCGUGUCCGAGACUCCAUGAUCUGUGCCGGGUUCAGAGACAAAGAGGACCCGCCUGCUGCGUGCCAGGGCGACUCCGGUGGUCCUCUGCUGUGCCAGCUGGGACGUGACCGCUGGGAGGUGCACGGCGUGGUGAGCUUCGGUCCAAUCGGAUGCACCGUGGAGAACAAGCCAAGUGUUUUCACCCGCACAGCCGCCUACAUCCCCUGGAUCGAGGCUACACGCAUCAGGGACUUCUUCCUGCACUAGGCGCCACCACCCGACUGACAGCAAACAUAAGCUCUGCUCUGUUUCGUGUCUGAUGUCCACAGACUGUUUUUCUAAAAAGCCACCAGGAACUUAAACCACUUCAAGAUGUAAAUACACGUUCUGAAUGUGCAACAAUUGUCUUCUAGCAGUCGACGCUACACACUACUCUGGUUUGGAGCGCUGCAUAGUAAACAUUACUCAUGACCUUUUACACCCAGUCAAACAUUUGUGCAAUAAAAUCUGCUAAAAGCAAAAAA